GCAACUAGGUGGUAUAUUGUGGAUUUACAACAAGUGGAGGACGUCAGAAUAUGUUCCUCUUGACGUAUUUAUGGCUAAUAACCAAAUAAAUAAAUAUUUCAAAAAUGAUCGAAUUGGAGUAUUCCUUUUAUCUAUUGCCAUGUAUGAUAAAAUGAAGAUGACUGAUAGUAAACCUCUGUACGAUGUAUUGCACAGUUGGAUAAGUACUAAUAUCAGUGCUGAAAUAAUUAAAUGCCCUCAGUUUGUGCGAGCAUUAACUAUAGCCAUUGUCAUUGUAUGCUCUAAACCGAAUCAUUCAUAUGAAGAUUUCUUUGAUCAUGUUCAUGUGAAAUUGUUGACCUGUUAUAUUCGGUCUGAACCGCUUCCGGAACCUGAAAUCCAGGCAAGGGAAGUACAAUGUCUAUAUGGCAUUCAAAUUAUGUCUGCUGCGCUUGAACAUCCUGGAGGAAUGGUAUUAAGACUGUUCCAUAAGCUCUAUCAGGAUAGUGUUAUAAGUAAAGAAUCGUUUGAAUUAUGGAAAAAAGAAGAUGAAUUCAAAGCUGGAUUCGAUGAAGACCUAGAAACAAAAACUAUGGCUGUUGUAGUUUUAAAUUCAUUCUUCCUUUCACUUGCAGCAAAUGAUUCUGAUGAGGAAGAAACA